GAUAAACUCACCACUACAAAUACAAACACACCAACACGCCAACAUGCGCAUCAACUACGCCCCCUCCACACCUCCUACCACAAAUCCCGACGGGACACCGCUCUCCGAGACAGAGCAGAAAGCGACCGCAGAAGUCUACGAGCGUGUCACGGCGCGACGAAAGCCUCGUCCGCUGAUUCCUCUCGAUCUGGCUCUACUGCAUAGUCCGCCUAUUGCAGAUGGCUACAAUUCCUUGUUGGGUGCGAUCCGCAACCAAGCCGUGAUACCGCAGGAUGUUCUGGAAUUGUCGGUUUGCCGUGUCGCGAUUCUCAAUGGCGCGGUGUACGAGUGGAACGCACAUGCGCCUCUCGCCUUGAAAGCCGGAGUCACUGCAGAGCAAUUGCAAGGAGUCAAGAGCAUCCCAAUCUCGACGUUCACACCAGAGGGGAAAAUAAUCAAUAACACGCGGAAGCCGGCGGAGAGCAGCCUCACCGACUUUCAGUGGGAAGUGCUGCUUUUCACGGAUGCCAUGACGAAGAACAUCAAAGUUGACGACACGAUUUUUGGAGCGAUCAAGAGCCGGUUCGGCGAGAGGGAAGUGGUGGAGUUGACCGUCUGCAUUGGAGCGUACAAUAUGGUCAGCCGGUUCUUGGUGACGCUGGAUGUGGGCGAGAAUAACGACAAGAAGAUGAAGGACGCAGUUGAUAUCGCGGCCGAAUUGGAGGACGUAGACGGAAAAGCACAGGGCAGGUAGAGCGACCCCACAGCGCACCGCCUCAUGGUGACCCGAGCACUGCUUCUCCAACUGAAUUUCAACCUCUUUUUUUUUUUUUCUUCUUCUUCUUCUUCCCUUUUCGUUUCCUGUUCCACGUACAUUAUAUUCACGAUUCAUUCACCAGAUGAGGGAAAGCCUGCGCCAUUUUCCUCCCACUUUCCGCAACGGGACAUCCGAGGAUUUUUGUUAGUCUUCGGGCGGGAAGCGCUGAAAAAGAUAGGGAUAUAUGAGGGAUUUUCCUCAGCCACACAUUGGCAAUGUGUGGUUCUGUAGGUUCUUUGAGUGCUUGUCUCAAUAUAUCCCGGAGGCCCAG